GGAAAGGGGAAAGAAAGUGAGAAGAGAAUACAUAAACAUAAAAAAAAAUAAGAAUAAAAUGAAAAAAUAAAAUCGCGCUAAAUAGGUGAACAAAGAGUGUUAGAGAUAUCCCACAAGUUUCGGUUGUGUUCCCCACCCUAAGUGUGUUUGGUAAAAUAAUAAAUAAGAGUGUGUGUAAGAGAGUAUCCUCUUCAAAGGUGUUAGACAAACCGAUGGCAAAACCGGGCCAAGGUGUGAAACACGCGAAUCGUAGUAGGAACGCUGCGUAUCUUUGGAAAACAUUAUUAUUACACCGAUCGUGGUCGAGAGCGUGACACCACCACCACAACCACCAUCAUCAACCAACCAACCUUUUGUGUGUUUCUUUUAUCUUUUUUUCCUUGAUCAAGUUUUGUUCUUAAUUUUUUUUUUUUGUUAAUUAUUGUUAUCAUCGUCAUAAACAUUUACGUGAAUAAUUUAUUUCGAGUGAUCAACGUUGUUAAAAGUGACACGCGUUUGAAAUCAAGAAAAUAAGGGGAGAGAAAGAAAAAAAAACAUUGAGAACGUUAGAAGUUAGGGAAAGGGUGAAUAAAAAUAAUAAAAAAAAAAAUAAAAAAACAAGAAAACUAUGGAAAUGGAAAGUAGAACAGUAACGAGACCACCGUGCGAGGAAAUAUCGAAAAGACGUGUUUCGAUAUCCGAUCAAAUAUUUGGUGUAGACAAUCCUGCAUUCGAACAUCAUCGUCGUAUAAGCUCCAGUUCCGAGCACAAUUCAGAUCAAGGUAGAAGGAAGUCGAUACUUCAUCAUACCGGGAGUCAUUACGACAGCGUUGAAAAUCUACCGCAGCACAACAAAUUAGAUUUAGCUGAGAAUGGUAGGGUUAACGAUAACAGAAAAAAAUCAGCGUUUAGUAUGACCAGUUCGAUAAGGGAUAAGAUCGAGUACUCCGAAGAAUUAGAGAGGUCGUGGUUGUACCUUUUUUGUGCCCGUUGUCAUGGACGCGACGAUACACCCUCGUGGGAACCACCAGGAUGGAAAAAAGCUUGCCCACAACCAUUCUGUCCGAGUUAUCGCAAAUUUGCAAGAAUACUCUGUCUCUUCCUACUGGGUCUUUUGAUUUGGGGUGUAGUUUACUCGAUAGCAGGAGAUGAUGCAGCACCAGGUGGCCCUUUGUUCGGUCUUGCCGCUUUAUGCAUAGCCGCACAUUUUGGUGGUUGGUUAUUUUCCUUGACGACUCUUCCAGCUUUGAUCGGUAUGCUGAUUACUGGAUUGGUACUACAGAAUGCUGACCUUAUCAGUAUCGAUGGCCGUUACUCUAUCGUUGUUUCUAACUUACGGUAAGUUUAUUUUUAUACUUUUUC